ACAACGAGGAUGAGUGUUCUCUCAAGCUUCCAUAAAUCAUGGAAGAGUUUAAUCCUCGCAAGUCAACGUUGCAACACAGUGAACCAAAUCAAAUCAACACAUUCUCUAUUCAUCAUCCAUGGCCUCCAUCGAAACACUUACGCAAUUAGCAAACUUCUCACAGCUUUUCUCCUUCUUCCCAAUCUAAACAAACACUUUCACUACGCUUCCACUAUAUUCGAUUCGAUUCAGAUUCGUAAUUCAUUCGUUUACGAUACUAUGAUAAGAAUCUGCUCACGAAGUUCUCUUCCUCACUUGGGUUUACGAUAUUUUCGAUUAAUGGUGAAGGAAGAAGAUAUAGCUCCAAGUUAUCUCACGUUUUAUUUCUUGAUUGUUGCUUGUUUUAAAGCUUGUUUAUUCUCUGUGGGUAAGCAAAUUCAUUGUUGGGUGGUUAAAAAUGGUGUCUUUUUAUCGGAUGGUCAUGUACAGACUGGAAUUUUACGGAUUUAUGUGGAAGAUAAAGUUUUGUUAGAUGCCCACAAAGUGUUCGAUGAAAUUCCGAAACCAGAUGUUGUGAAAUGGGAUGUUUUGAUGAAUGGAUAUGUUAGAUGUGGUUUAGGUUCUGAGGGUUUAGAGGUGUUUAGGGAGAUGUUGGUACGAGGAGUAGAGCCUGAUGAGUUUUCGGUUACUACGGCGUUAACUGCUUGUGCACAAGUUGGGGCUUUAGCUCAAGGGAAGUGGAUUCAUGAGUUUGUGAAGAAGAAGAGAUGGAUUGAGUCUGAUGUGUUUGUAGGAACGGCAUUGGUUGACAUGUAUGCUAAGUGUGGUUGCAUUGAGAUGGCUGUGGAAGUUUUCGAAAAGUUGAGUAGGAGGAAUGUUUUCUCAUGGGCAGCCUUAAUUGGAGGAUAUGCGGCUUAUGGCUAUGCAAAGAAAGCUAUGACGUGUUUGGACCGGAUGGAGCGAGAAGAUGGUAUUAAGCCUGACAGUGUAGUUCUUCUUGGGGUUUUAGCUGCUUGUGCUCAUGGGGGAUUUCUUCAAGAAGGCAGAGCAAUGUUAGGAAAUAUGGAAGCUCGAUACGGAAUUACUCCAAAGCAUGAGCAUUACAGCUGUAUAGUAGAUUUGAUGUGCAGAGCUGGAAGAUUAGAUGAUGCACUUGAUCUUAUCGAAAAAAUGCCCAUGAAACCUCUUGCAUCUGUUUGGGGUGCUUUACUAAAUGGUUGUCGAACGCACAAGAAUGUUGAACUCGGAGAACUAGCUGUUAAAAAUCUUCUUGACUUGGAGAAAGGAAAUGCAGAGGAAGAGGAAGCAGCUCUUGUUCAACUAUCUAAUAUAUACUUUAGUGUUCAACGAAAUCCCGAGGCAUCUAAAGUUCGUGGAAUGAUAGAGCAGAGGGGGAUAAGAAAGACACCAGGAUGGAGUGUGUUAGAGGUGGAUGGAAAUGUUACCAAAUUUGUUUCGGGAGAUGUGUCUCACCCAAAUCUGCUACAAAUUCACACAGUGAUUCAUCUCCUAUCUGUUGAUGCCUUGCAGAUUUUGUAACACUCAUUCUUGAACCUGCAAAUCUUAUCAAAGGACACUCUUGAGUUCUCUCGUUUCUACAGAUUUUCUAUUGAGCACCUCUGACCCAUAAUAUACACUGGAGCGCUGUCCAAAGGUUAUGUGGCAAUGGAGUCGAGGAGUACUUAUGAAGGACCAACAGGAGCUUCUGGACACGAUGCAGCAUUUGACCCCCCGAAACAGGAACAGGAAACUUAGGCAAGGCCUGAAGAAAUUGAUGAGCCUCUCAGGAAGGACCCUGAGAGUAGCGUUGUAAAGAAGUGUCUGAUUCAAACUUUAUGGUAUCUGGAGACUUGGAGAGAGGAAGAGAAGUGCAUGAAGAAAACAGUAGAUACAGUUGAAAUUUGCAUGGCGUUUGGGCACACCUAUUUAGCAUGUAGAGAAUAGAGAGGAUUGAAUCUCUUACAGUGAAAAGCUGAAUAAAUAACGCAACCAGUGAUUGAUAAGGGUGUGUGUAUCUUUUCUUCGCUCAGGGACAAUGGUUCGCUCAGGUUUUGGUAAGCUGGAAAAGUAUGAACUGAUAAAUAGAAACCUAACCUUUUGAAGGCGAGGGGAUCAAGACAACGUGCAUCUUUGUGUUGUUGGGAGGGAGAUGCAACCGAAGGGGAUAUAAUUUCCCGUUUAAAGGGUUUU